AUGACCAUCUUCCGUGGCCCGCCAACGCCUUAUAUCCCAGAUGACCUGACCAUCCCCCAGUUCAUCCUAGACUCUCAUCAUCCCACACGCCCCGUUAGGCCCCAUGGAAUACCGUGGUUGAUUGACGAUGUCUCAGGGACGAAAGUUGGCUUCGACGAGCUCCGAGCACGGAGUAAUGGUCUUGCGAAUGCACUGAAGAUCCAAUAUGGCAUUGGCGAGAAUGACGUUGUUUGCGUAUUCAGCAGCAACCACAUCGACUAUCCUGUCCUUGUAUGGGCUGCUCACCGCCUUGGGGCGACCGUGUCCACCGCCAACCCUUCAUAUACAACUGAUGAAUUAGUCUACCAGCUACAAAUCAGCGGCUCCGGCAUUAUUUUUGCUCACCCAGGCUCUCUUGAAAUCGCUGCUGAGGCCGCAACUAAGGCGGGCAUUUCCCAUGAUCGCGUUAUCGUCUUGGACUCCGUGGCAGGGUCGCCGUAUAAGACCGUCUCCGAGAUGAUCAAUUUUGGCUUGAGGCGGCCCGUCUCGUAUGUCGAGCGCCGCCUCGAAGCAGGUGAAGCAAAAACGAAGCUCGCUUUCCUAUGUUUCUCCAGCGGUACAACGGGCAAGCCCAAGGCCGUCGCAAUUUCUCACUUCGCUGUUAUCGCGAACGUAGUGCAGCUCGCGGUUCAUCAUAAAAUAGACGACCCUACGAUUCCUCCAGAAGAGGCUAGGUUUGCCGUUGGGGAGGUAUGCACAGCUGUGUUACCUUUCUUCCAUAUCUAUGGGCUCAUUGUCAAUCUUCAUUUCGCUCUAUUUUGCGCAAUGUCAAUAGUUGUGAUCCCAAAAUUCAACUUCACGGACUUUUUGGCCAGCAUUGUUCGUUACCGAAUCACCGACCUAAUGAUUGUCCCACCCAUGCUGGUUUUGAUUUCCAAGCAUCCCGCCGUGAAAAACUACGAUCUGAGCCACGUCAAGGCCACAUGGAGUGGCGCCGCCCCACUCUCGAUAGAGCUAACUUUGCAAGUGUCGAAAGUCCUCCCCAAUGCGAUCAUUGGCCAAGGUUACGGAAUGACCGAGACUGCUACCGCCGUCACGUUGAUGCCUCCGCCACAGCGCCUGGGAAACGGCUCCGUUGGGACAUUGAUGCCCGGCUGCGCCGCGAAAGUGAUAAAGCAGGAUGGCACACUUGGUGGUGUUGGUGAACUGGGAGAGUUGGUCAUCACUGGGCCGAACAUGGCAUUGAGGUAUCACAACAACGAGCAAGCGACGAAAGAAACUUUUGUGGACGGAUGGGUGCACACCGGCGACGAAGUUUACUUUGACGUAAAAGGCGAGAUGUUCGUCGUAGACAGGUUAAAGGAAUUGAUUAAGGUCAGGGGUUUCCAAGUGCCACCCGCUGAACUAGAAGGACAUCUUCUGGGGCACCCAUACGUCGCGGACGUGGCCGUGAUCCCGCUCCCGGAUGAUUAUAGCGGAGAGAUCCCAAUGGCUUACGUCGUACCCAGCACCGAUGUUGCGGCUCGUGUCCGGGACCCCAAAGAAGCUGAGAAGGUCAAGGCAGAGAUAAUUAAGUACGUCGCGGACAACAAAGUGAAGUACAAGUGGCUGGCUGGAGGCGUUGAGUUCAUAGAUGUGAUACCCAAAAACCCGAGCGGCAAACUACUCAGAAGAAUACUUAGAGACAAGGCCCGCGCGGAUAGGGCAGUAAAAGCCAAGCUUUGA